AUGAAGCCGAAGAUUCUUUCUUGGAACGUAAGGGGGCUGAAUAAUAGGCGCAAACGCUUAAGGAUCUGCAAUUUGCUCAGAGAUUGGAAGGUGGAUCUUUUUUGCUUCCAAGAAACGAAAGUGAAGGACCCUUCUAGGCAGUUUGUGCGUAGUCUUUGGGGGUGUAAUUAUGUGGAUUGGUGUUGUUUGGAUGCUAGUGGGGCCUCAGGGGGUAUUCUUAUCUUGUGGGAUAAGAGGGUGGUGGAAAAAGUGGAUGUGUGCGUGGGGAGGUUCACACUUGCAGUCUCUUUAAGGAAUGUUGAUGAUCAUUUUGAGUGGGGUUUUGUGGGAGUGUAUGGUCCGAAUUGCAGGGUUGAUCGGAGGGGUCUUUGGGGUGAGCUGGCGGGGAUUAUGAGUUGGUGGAGUUUGCCUUGGUGUAUAGGGGGAGAUUUCAAUACUACUAGGUUUCCUAGCGAAAGAUCUGGAGUUGGUAGUGUGUCUGCCAUGAGGGACUUUUGUGAUUUCAUCUCUGACCAGGGUCUGAUGGAUUUUCCUCUCGCUGGAGGUUCUUAUACGUGGUCGAUUUCCGAUGAUCCUCCUGUUUGGUCCAGAAUUGAUCGUUUUCUUGUCUCUCCUGAUUGGGAAGAUAGGUUUCCUGAGGCGUCUCAGAAGAGGCUUCCCCGCCUUUUCUCUGACCAUUUUCCUAUUCUCCUGGAAUGUGCUCACUCUUCUGCAAGAAGUAGGCCGUUCAAGUUUGAGAAUAUGUGGCUCAAGGUGGAUGGUUUUGUGGGGUUGGUGAAACAGUGGUGGGACUCAUUCUCUUUUCAUGGCUCUCCUAGCUUUGUGCUUGCAUGUAAAUUAAAGGCUCUCAAGUCGAAUUUGAAGACGUGGAAUGUGGAGGCCUUUGGUAAUGUGGAGAGGAACAAGAGAAAGCUUCUUGAGGAGCUUCAGGCGAUUGAUAUAGUGGAAGGAAGUAGGGCUUUGGUUGAGGGGGAGAUUCAAAAGAAGCUGGAGGUCGUCAAUUCCAUUUCUUCUAAUCCGGCAGAGAUAGGGGAGCAUGUGGUUCAGUUCUAUCAAGAUCUCUUCUCGGAGAAGCAUAGUUGGAGGCCUCGGUUGGAUGAUCUUUCCUUUGAUGCCAUCUUAGAGUCAGAAGCAAGCUCCGCCAAGAUUCGGGCUUUGCGAGUUCUCUUGCUCUUAUUCGAGGCUGUGUCGGGGCUUAAGGUUAAUUUGGCAAAAUCCAGCAUUAUUCCAGUGGGAAAUGUCGAUAAUGUGGUGGCUGGGCUCUACCAAGGUAAAUAUGGAGAGGGCAGAUUGUCUUAUAUGGGUCCCAUCCAAGAAAGAUGUCCUAUUGCUCCUAUGCCAAAUGUUGUGACAGAACAUUCCAAGCAAAGUUUGAGAGGGAAACAGGAAAAGGUUUUCGAGAGUGCAGCAAGUUCCAAAUAG